AUGGCUUCUCUGUGCGCCGAGUUGAAGAGCCGCCAGUGGCAGCGCGACGAGUACCUCAUCACGACCGACUCGUCCGUGAUCCCCCUCGACCGCCUCAUCGACGUCUUCGACUCGCCCGAGUUCUACUGGGCCAGCGCCAUGCCCCGCGAGCACAUGCAGGCCGCCCUCGACAACUCUCUCUGCUUCUCCCUGUUCCGCGAUGGCGACGACGAGUUCCUCGGCUUCGCGCGCUGCGUCACCGACUACACCACCUUCGUCUACCUCACCGACGUCUGGGUCGACCCGGCCGCGCAGGGCCGCGGGCUCGGCAGCUGGCUGGUGCGGUGCGUGCGGGAGGUGGUCGAGGAGAUGCCGCACCUGCGCCGCAGCAUGCUCUUCACGAGCAGCUGGGAGCGGUCGGUGCCGUUCUACAGGAGGCUGAUGGGCAUGGAGGUGGUGGAGUCGACGCCGGGCCAGGGACUGAUCACGAUGGAGUGCAAGGGCCGGGGGCAUCCGCGGUACGGUAGCGAGGGCAGUCAUUACGGCUAG